UCAGCUGUUGUUGACCCUGCCGCGGUCCUGCCUGCAGACGGAGGGGAAAUCAGCGUCACUCUGACGAAGUCUGUGGAGCGUCUUAUUACCGCGCUGCAGUCCUUGUUGGCACUGAACUCACCGACCUGCGCUCAGUCCGAUCGACAACUGAAGCUUUAGCAGAAACUUACAAACACCUGGAAGGAUGUCCGGGAUCACUGGGAAUUUGGAUUGCGAGGAAUGUUUCUCUUCUGCACAUGUGGCCAACAGCACAGACGUGCACUCAGCUGUGGACGUGGAUGACGAACUUCUGAGAUACAUCUGGAGAGAAUACUUACACCCCAAACAGUAUGAAUGGGUUCUGAUUGUGGCUUACAUCAUCGUGUUCUUCGUCUCACUCAUUGGAAACUCCCUGGUUUGUUUUGCAGUGUGGAAAAACCGUCACAUGCGCACUGUGACCAACUACUUCAUAGUGAAUCUUUCCCUUGCUGAUGUGUUAGUCACCAUCAUCUGCCUGCCUGCUAGUCUUGUUGUAGACAUCACGGAGACGUGGUUCUUUGGAAAGACUCUUUGCAAAGUUGUCCCUUAUCUGCAGACAAUCUCUGUUUCUGUGUCAGUCUUAACACUGAGCUGCAUUGCCCAGGACCGCUGGUAUGCUAUCUGCCACCCGCUGAUGUUCAAGAGCACAGCCAAGAGGGCUCGCAAAAGUAUUGUUGUGAUCUGGGUCGUGUCGUGCAUUAUCAUGAUCCCUCAGGCUAUUGUGAUGGAGUGCAGCAGUCUGUUACCUGAACUCACAAACAAGACCAGGCUGUUCACAGUGUGUGAUGAACAUUGGGGAGCUGAGAUCUACCCAAAGGUGUAUCAUACCUGUUUCUUCAUUGUCACCUACUUCGCGCCAUUAUGCCUCAUGGUCCUUGCCUAUAUUCAGAUAUGUCACAAGCUGUGGUGUCAACAGAUCCCUGGAAGCACAUCAGUGUUGCAGAGGAAGUGGAGGUCCAUCCAGUGUUCAGCUCCGACUGCAGGGCGAGGAGAGUCCGUGAGGGUUCGGACCAGUACAGUCUGUGCAGAGAUCAAACAAGUCAGAGCCCGACGCAAGACAGCUCGCAUGCUGAUGGUGGUGCUCUUUGUUUUCGCUCUGUGCUACCUGCCAAUCAGCGUGCUCAAUGUCAUGAAAAGAGUCUUUGGGACUUUCAAGAAGACAAAUGACAGGGAAACAGUGUAUGCAUGGUUCACGUUCUCACAUUGGCUCAUAUAUGCCAACAGUGCAGCAAAUCCUAUCAUCUACAAUUUCCUGAGCGGGAAGUUCCGGGAGGAGUUCAAAUCAGCCUUUUCUUGCCAUUGUUGUGGCCAGGAUCAAAAUCAAACAACAAGAAUAAGGAAGAGAACAAGCACAGACAGCAGAAAAUCCCUAUCAACUCAUGUUAACAAUGUGGACAACCUGUCGCGCAUAUCGGAUCAGAUUGUGUAGUAGCGCUUACAGCCAACUCAGGCUUCAAAGGACACAAUGAUCAUUAAGGUAGAUGUGUGAGAGAUGUGUAAACCUGAUUAAAAACAGAGCUUGUGCUAGAAAAGAAUCUAAAUUAUUGUAUUAUGUAGUCAAUUUCAUAAGGACACUAAUGAAACUGUGAGCUCAAGAAAAGUGAUGACAGUUUCCUGAAGACUGUCUUUUUCGUUUUACAGUCUCUUGUAAUUCACAGAAAUUGUCUAUUUAUUACAAAGUUGGAUGUCUAGUAUUUAUUAUCACAUGCCAUAUGUAAUUUAUGAUGCACAACUAAGUGAAAUCAUUUAAAUUGGAUUUGCAAUGAUUGUAAAUUGUUUUGAAUGUAUAAUUUUAUUUUUGGUUCGGUAACCAGUCAGUAUUGCACGUUAUCACAGGUGACAAAAAGUGUUUAUUAGUAUUUGAUUGUUAGUUUUAAGAGUUUUUAUAACAGUAAAAGAGCCGGUGCUAUAGAAAAUAAUCUGAGGAUCUCAGUGUAAAUGCCUGGUAAUGUGUGAUUAUGUGCAUUAAGUGUCUGUAAAUGACACCAGGCCAGGUUAUGAAUAGCCAUCAAACUGCUGAAUAUUCAGUGGAAUUCCUGCAUGAAUGUGUCCUGGUGGACCUCAUUAAGAUACCUCUUUCUUUCAGUCAGCACACUCAAACAUUGUCUCGCACCACAUCAGCACAGUGGCCAUAUAUAUAUAUCACUGAAGCAAAAUUGGAUUUUAAACAGCAUGACAACCUGUUCUCAAAGAUGUCAUAUUUUUCAAGACUGGGUAGAAGCAACAUGGAAUCACCUUUCCAGACAGCUUUAUAGCCCAUGUCUUAAUGAAUUAAGUAUGUUUUCAUGAGAAUACUAACCUUUAAAAUGUGAAAUCCAGAAACAGAAAUGUGUAGAGUCUGCAUGUGUGCCGGUGUGGGUUUUUUCUCUGGAUGCUGUAUUGGCAUUUAACUGCAGAUUCUAUAUUGGCUGUAGAUGUGAAUGUGAGUGUGAAUCAUUGUCUGUCUCUCUGCCCUGUCAUGGACUAGCGACUUCUCCCGGGUGCAGCCACCUCUCACCCAGUGUCAGCUGAGACGGUCAGUUCACUCUGUCAAACGCAUUCACAAUUGGAAGCUGCUCAGUACAAAGUCUUAUCUGAUAUGGUGCAGCUCCUCUAGGUCUGUCUUGGAGUCAAAGGCCUUGCUAAGGGGCAUCUCUCUGAAGCAUCUCAAUGAGGCAGCUUCAAACACUGCUCCUGCACGCUCGCCACCAAACACACAACACAUUAAAUAUUCACUAAGCGAAGGAAUACAAAUGUGAAUAAAAGUUCUUCAAAUACAACCAACAAAAAACAAGCAUUAAUCAUCAAUUGUAAUCAGUUGAAGAGAUAAGGCCAAUGUUAAACACUUUGCUUCAAUGCAAAGGGACAAAAACAAACAAAAACAAUGGAAAUUGACAUUUGUCACCAAAUCAAGCUCAUCAAACUGAAAUAACAAUCAGGAAAAAGCAAGAGUCACAUGAAACACAGAAACAAAUAAUGCCAUGUCCCAGUGACAGAAAACAAAGAUGGGAAAAUGAUUCGUAAAAGGUCAGCUUGAUUUGCCAUCAGUGAAUUGUGGCCCGACCGGUGUUGAUUGUGAUUGGUCGCCAAUCUGCUUGUUAAGUUUUGUCGGAAUUGUUAUAUUUAGGGUCUUUGUGGAUCACAGUUGAUAUGUAGCUGCUGGUAGCUUUAAUAUUCAUGCAUAUUUAAAGAAAUGAAAACUAAAUCUCACAUCAACAUGAUUGUGGGAGCAAGUAUGUGCAUGUGCUUGACUUUAUGACAGCAUUGCUUUGAUUCUCAGCUUGAAUGUGUGCAUUUUCAUAUUGUUACUACCCCCAGUGGUAGUACAAUGCACUUUUACUCUUAUUUCCUGACUACUGUUUAGACAUCCCCCUGUUCAUUAUCUAUACACCGCUUAAUCCUCAUUAGGGCAGCUGACGUAGGACAAAGGCAGGGGACAGGUUGCCAGUCUAUCACAGGGCUAACAGAGAGACAGACAAGCACACUCACAUUCACACCUAUGGACAGUUUAGAGUUAUCAGUUAUCUUCAGCAUGUUUAUAGACUGUGGGAGGAAGCUGGAGCACCUGGAGAAAACCCACGCAUACACACGGAGAACAUGGAAACUCCCUGCAGAAAGAUCCCAGGUCCAGGCCGGUACGUAAACCGGGGGUCUUUGAGCUGUGACAGUGCUAACCACCGAGUCACUGCGCAGCCUGUAGUUGCACAGUUUAGGAAAUUAUCUUGAACACUUUUAAACAUCUAUAUUUUACUCUCGCCUUUAAAUCUACGUAAAGCUAUUACAGUAAAAUCUCUUUUUGCAGAGUUUUUGUUACGUACUUUAUAUAUUGUGACUUUACAUUUUGCCAUGCACUUUAUGCCUUAUCACCUUUCAUUUAUUUUGAAUGUGCUUGACUUCAUUGUGCAGCACUUUGAUCAAUCUUUGUUGGUUAUAUUCUUGACUUAUUUUGCCCAAUAUUGAUCCAUUCUGCUCUUUAAGAUAUACUCUCCUGUAUUCAAAUUAAUUUAGCCAUAUUUUAAUUGCAAAAGUACAUUUUCAAACUCUGACAGAUACCAAGUUGUUGUUAAGCAUUCUGUAAAAUCUAAAAAAUGAAACAGGUAUACUAUAUAUUUUUCAAAAUUAUUAAUGAGGUAUGAGUCAAACACUGAUCAGUUCCAACUAAUACUUAAAUGUAGUUGGAAGAAUGAGCGACUGGGUAUUUUGGCUAUCUCCAUAAGUUGGAGAAAAGUAUUUUUUUUAAAUCUGCCAUGAUGUUGGGAAAUCAGGUGUUGACAAUGUUGGAAAGCAGCAUUGCAUUCUUACUGCAAGAAGUUAAGUUAUUAACUCUCAAAUAUAUAGCUGUUUAAGAAAAUCAUAUCAUAAACUCUUACAUAACCUGAAUAUCAGUCCAUAAAUGUUUUGAGCCACAAGUGA